GGCUGUUGCUGCAGUGGCAGCUGUCAUAGACAUUCUCCUUAGAUGAGCACCUGUACAGCUAACAUACUCUUCUCUCUGUUUCUCCAUUAUCAUCACCCGUUGAGUCGGCGCCAAGAUGAUUUCUCUAACGGACUCUCAAAAGAUCGGCAUGGGAUUAACGGGCUUCGGCGUGUUUUUCCUCUUCUUCGGGAUGAUCCUGUUCUUUGACAAAGCGCUCCUUGCUAUCGGGAACAUCCUGUUCGUCGCCGGUCUGGCCUUCGUCAUCGGGCUGGAGAGGACCUUCCGCUUCUUCUUCCAGAAGCACAAGAUGAAGGCCACCGGAUUCUUCCUGGGGGGCGUGUUCGUGGUGCUGAUCGGCUGGCCAAUCAUCGGAGUCGUGUUGGAGAUCUACGGCUUCUUCCUCUUGUUCAGGGGUUUCUUCCCUGUUGUAAUAGGCUUCAUCAGGAGAAUACCUGUGCUCGGCUCCAUCCUAAACCUUCCCUUCAUAAGUGGACCUUCGUAAGGCUCUGAGGACAAUCAGCAGUCGUGUAUGUGGACAAAGUGGGCGAGAGCAACACCAUGGUAUAACACUGACUUUUUGUACCCAGAGAAGGCUGUUUGAAUACAGCAGUUUUAUAAAGCGACACAGUCUCACAUCAGGCUGACUUUAAGCAGCUAAGGUUACAUAUUCAGACCCCCCCCCCCCCCUUCCAGCAGGCAAAGACUGCUCUGUUUGUCUGUAAUUUCACUGGUCUGCACCAGAAAUCAAAGGCUCAUCAGAGCGUUGUACCACCAGUCUGUUACAAAAGGAUGGAGUUACUAAGGUCACAACAAUAAAUAUUUCAAAUUCUAUUGAUCCCUUCACCAUUAAGUGCAUCUUGCAUGAAAAUGGAGGAUGGAAGACUCCCCCUCCCGCAAAAGCAUCAUAGACUCUAUAAUCUACGUGGCUUUCUUACUCUGUGGAGCAAACCGAAAAUAACGACCCUCUGUAAGGAUGAGAAGUGGACCGACAGCUUGCCAUAUGUCUUCAUAUUUUUGUGCCUGUGCUUUAACUUUAUUUGGACGAAGGCUGUUAAGUCCAGCAUUGUGUCUCUCUGCAGUUACUCUGUGACUCCUAGUUUCUUUCUGUCUUGCAGCUAUUUGAAUACCAAUUGUGGCUAUUGUAAAAUUUUCCCUUUGUUACUUGUCAUUUCUGUUUACGGUUGGCUAAAUUAGUACUUCGGUAUAAAUUAUUUUUUAAAUUAUCAGUGCUUGACUUCAUGUAUCUGGAGGUAUUUUGGAUCAUGCUGGUAUUUAUUACGAUGUUGUGCCCAAAUAACUACUAACUGUGUGUUCUUCGUAUUAAGACAUUGUUACAAAAGAAAGUGAAAUAGUAAAAUUCAUUGAUAAGUCAUUGCUGGUCGUAGAAGCUUGACGACUACUAGCAGGACUAGCUCGCAAACUUCUAUUCAUCCCAAAAUGUGCCAGCACUUGUUAGUCACUAAAGCUCUCUAGCUAGCUGGUUUGCUAACUGUCACUUUGCUAGCUAACUUGGAAACUAACGCAACACAGUUAACUCAAGCUCACUGGUGGUAGAAGCUUGAUGACUACUAGCAGGACUAGCUGGCAAACUUCUAUUCAUCCAAAAAUGUGCCAGCACUUGUUAGUCACUAAAGUUCUCUAACUAGCUGGUUUUCUAACUGUCACUUAGCUAGCUAAGUAGCUCAGUCGCUAACUAGGAUGCUAACACGAUCAGUUAACUCAAGAGACAUUUUUUUCUCCAUUGUCUCCACUCUUUCGUGGAUCAGUGAGACUGUUCGACUGUCCGUUCCUUCAGAAGGAAUUCACAUGUGAAAAUUCGCCCAAGGUGAAGUCUACUUUAAAGAUUUAGACUGUUUUAUUUUGACCCUACAUGGAGUUUAGCUCAUCACAAUGACUCCCCUGAAAUUUGUAGAAGUCAGUUGAAACUUUAGCUGUUUAAAUACUGCUCUGACCUUACUGAUUUAUUCCUAUCUUCCAGCAAACUAUUGGUUUCACAUAUUAUUUGAAAACUAAGAAACUUGCAGAGCCUUUAAAACAUGUUGCUUGUAUCUUAUCUAUCACUAAUCAUUUUUGCUGCCAAAGCUAACUUAUAAAUGUGUGAUAAGUAGGCAAUCGAAAACUGUCAAGUAAAGGUCUGCUCAGAUUCCUAAUCUUGUUUAUGUAUCAUCUGAUUUAAAUCAAAGUUUUCCUAUCUUAGAGCAAAUCAUAUAUACAUAUAUAUAUAUAAGCAGUAUUUACCAUUUUGAACUUUUAGUUUCUUUUGUUUAAAGAAAAAAGUAAUUAGCACUGCAAUGUGUCACCAUAGAAAGGAAAUCAUGUUUUCAUGGAGGGAUCUGGUCAUUUUUAAAAAUGUAGAUGUAUUUAUUUGACUUUAAAGGCACACACACUACAGACAAACAGUGAUUAGAGGU